AUGCCCAUAACCGACAAAACCUACAGGCUUUUGCUAAGUUCAGGCCUUACUGCCGGUGGUCUAGGCCUGGCUUGGCUCUUUAUGAAGAUGAUUGUACCAUCUAAAGAACAAAUGUUAAAGGUAACGGCUCACUGAAGCCUUUGGAGAAACAGUAACAUAAAUUAGGUUAUGUCAUAAAUUAGCUAAGCUUUAUAAAAUGUAUUGAGUUUUUAAAGCUUUGCACCAUUGAUACAGAAAUGCGAGCAACUGGUUGGCCCAUCUUUUUUGCUAAUUUACUAUAACCUUCCACGGCUCUCAGGUCAUGUAUAGUUCCUUUUAUAAGAUUAUGUUAUCUUAAGCCACAGCUGUAUAUCUGAAUGGGCUAUUGCAUAUUAGUAUAUACACUCUCAGUGAUCUUGGUGAUUUAAGCAAUCUGAUUGGUUCGCUAUCUCGGACUAUUCAACAAUAUUCACCUCCUAGCGAGUGGAUAAUGUGUGAGCUCGGUGUUUUUCCCAUUUUUUUAGAGAACGAUCUUUUAAAAGUCGACAAAAUCCUAGGGCUGACUUUUUUUAAGGCAAGAAAAGACUUGGAAGGAUUCAAUACGGCGUUUUUCAAUUUACUGUAGCAGGAGUUUUGUGCUCGAUGGAUUGUUUUACAACUCCCGUGUAUUCGCGUAGAAGAAGCCGUUUCGUAAACUCAGCGUUUUCUAAGAAGAAAAUUUUGGCUCAAAAAUCGAAGUUUAUUUAUGACAAACAAAUUUAAAAGGAAAUGUUUGCAGAAAUUCUACAUUUCAAGUAAACAGGAAAAAGAAUGAUACAGGAAGACGACCUCUUACCUCGAGCAACCGAGCCGCCAUUUUUGUCAGCACUUCAUGCGAAGAACGAUACAACAAACCCUUUUGGCUAUAAACUUGGCGAGUCAACAGAAAACAACACAGCUCUACUUUUCUUCUCAGAUAAGGAAACAGUUCAAACUUUUAGCGGUUCCAUUGAAGCCAUUACGCUGUUGUUUGCGAAAUGAUAAACUUGUGAAUUGCCAUGUUUGAAAAUUCUGCAAAGAUCUAUUUUUAAACUUACGCGUGAUUUGAUCUGUCAAUCAAAUCGUACUUUUGAAUGGUUUCCUUUCUGAUUUUGUUGAGAUCACUUCGUGUGUAUAUACUAAAACAAUUAUUCUUUUCAAUCUCGGUGAAUAGUGGCUUUGGGAAUAUUUACCUCGCCGCUUCCGCGGCUCGGUAAAUAUUUUGCCACUAUUCACCUCGAUUUCAAAGAAUAAUUGUUAAAUAUCCCUACCCCCCUGCCCCCCACCCCCACCCCCCCACCGCCGUUGAGGAGCUACCUUUUCUUCUUGCCCCUGCCCCUGAAGAUUAAUUAAAAUCGCAUUCAUAUGAGUCUACCCCUUGUCAAAAAUUUGUCAACCCCUGAAGAAUAUCACGGGUCUACCCCUGUAGAAUUUCAUGAAAAUUAAAAUUUCACCCACAAAGUAUUCCAUAUUUUGUUUACUCUACCCCUUAAGAAAUUCUCGAUUUUUAUAACAUAUUGGUUCUCAAUUGACCAAUGAGUAAGUAAGUUUAUUUCAAUUUCAGUCAUAUGUUUCACCCAAACAUUAACAAGUAAUUGUUAAGGCCAUCCUCUUUUUUUCUUCAUUUACUGUUGAAUGCGUUUCCUGAUAUCGGGUCGGUCGGUCGGAUUGAAAAAAAAAAACCUAAAAAAAAAUUCACAAGAAGUCUCGGAAUAGUAGGCCCUGGUACCGCAGGACAACGUUAAAAGUUAACAUUCACAUAUUCGGAUUAACAAAAUGUACAAUAUACUGUGAAAAAUGUUCAUGUUUUUGUUCCUGUUUUUCUCUAUGCUGUUACUAUGCUCAUUUUUCAGAUUAAAAGAAUUAUUUCAAGUGAAAAAUGGUGUAACUAUGUCAUUGCUUUUUUUUUUCUUUUUGAAAAUGGCAAAAAUUUGGGUUGGUUGGAUGACGGUAAAUGGAGAAAAAAAGAGGAUCGCCUAACUAUUAAUUCAUAUUUUGAUUUUGUUUAGAACCUUCCAGAUGAGGAAAGUUCUCCAGAGGCAUUAGCUGCUGCAAAUAGGAGAACUGAACAGUUUUUAACAGUUCUUGAUGAAAAUAUGAAAUCUAAAAAACCUGUGUGGCAGGUUAUGGGAACCGAGGAAGUAGAGCAGCGGCAAAAAAGGAGAAAAGAACUUUUGAAAAGAAGAGAUGCCCUGUUAAAGCAAAGAGAAUCUAAAGAAAAUGAAUGACUUGCUUGGAUUUUUAAACAAGGAACAGUUACAUCAACCUCACUGUUCAGAAGAUAAUUUGAUACAUACUGUUAGCAUCUUGAGUGUCUAACAUAUUUUGUCAGAGUUUAUUUCAAAACCAGGAAACUACAAUCAAAACUGAUACAUCUGGAUUCUUUGUAGGCUGUCCACAGACAAAUUUUGUGAGUGCAUGAAGGAAGCGAGCACAGAGCAGAAGGAAAAACAAAAAGAUACUGUUUUCUCAUUUACCCAUCCAUCCCCACCCCUUGGUCUUAGACUAGCAGUCAAUAAAUCCUGCCUGGUUUUAUUUUCAUAUGCACUCAACAAUCUUUAACAAUGUUUUCUCAAACAAAGAUAUGCCAUAUGCCAAAUUAUUUGUUGCUGCUUAUAAUUUAGCAGACCAUUUCUUAGUACAAAAAAAAGCUAACUUCCACAGAAUCAAGUGUCC